CAAAGGAAUAGUACUGAGUGUGGUGUGCACGUCAUGCAGUGGAUGCGCUAUGGAUCCAAGGAUCUUGAUAGAGUGAUAGGAGAAGAACACAAAUUACCGGCUCGAAAAGAGAUUCUAUGGUAUCUGGCUACACAUUUUGAAAACCGUGCACGAGAAAAUCUUUUCAAGCAUGUAGUAGAUGAAUGCAUGGAACGAGGCAAAGAG